GAGGGUGAAUGGUAAUGUAGUGAACUGGGAGGAAGUGAGCAAAGAGAAGAGGAAUGUGCUUGGAAGUAGUACGCGUCAGCUGAGACCGCUACGUCCACUGUUACCUGUCCUCAAAAGGCAAGACAGAUCAAGAUACUGCUGUUUGGCAAAUGAAAACAUGCCUCAUUUUACUGUGGUACCAGUGCAGGAUGGCUCGCUCUCCAACUAUGACAGCGUGGAGGGAAUUAACUGUGUGGAUUACAGAGACACAGGGCAAGAUGGGUACCCAGGGCAUGGAGACACAGUCAGCUCUGAUGGACCAAGCAAUCACAAAGAAGACAUUCCCUUCCUCAACAAUACAGAUUCUAUAAAGAGAAAUGCCUACUAUGACAAGAACUUGGCAUUGUUUGAGGAGGAACUGGACAUUCGACCCAAAGUUUCAUCCCUUCUUAGUCGCCUGGUCAGCUACACCAACAUUACUCAGGGGGCAAAGGAGCAUGAGGAGGCGGAAAAUGCUGAUGCUUCUAGGAGAAAAAUGCCAAAGUCUCCGAACAUGGGCACGCUGAUGGGAGUGUACCUGCCAUGCCUGCAAAAUAUAUUCGGCGUUAUCCUUUUCCUGCGUCUGACCUGGAUUGUAGGCACAGCUGGAGUUGUUCAGUCCUUCCUUAUUGUAUUUAUGUGCUGCUCCUGUACCAUGCUCACUGCAAUAUCAAUGAGUGCUAUUGCCACCAAUGGCGUUGUCCCAGCUGGUGGAGCGUAUUUUAUGAUUUCACGAUCCCUAGGGCCUGAGUUUGGGGGUGCAGUGGGGCUUUGUUUCUACCUGGGUACCACCUUUGCUGCUGCCAUGUACAUCCUGGGUGCCAUUGAAAUAUUUCUGAAAUAUCUGGUGCCACAGGCGGCCAUAUUUCAUGCCGUUGAUGUCCAUGCAGGGAACAGCGCCAUGCUAAACAACAUGAGAGUGUACGGCAGCAUCUGCCUCAGUCUCAUGGCUGUUGUUGUCUUUGUUGGGGUUAAAUACGUGAACAAGCUUGCCUCGCUCUUCCUAGUCUGUGUCAUUGUCUCUAUUGUUUCCAUCUAUGCUGGGGCAGUAAAAUCUAUCUUCCAGCCGCCAGAUUUCCCGAUCUGUAUGCUGGGAAACAGGACGCUGGUGCGGGAUCUUUUCGAUGUGUGUGCAAAGACGGAAACUGUGGGGAAUGAGACAACCCACACUAAACUUUGGAUGAAUUUCUGCAGCUCAGAGAAUGGCAGCAGUGUGCACUGUGAUGAGUACUUCGCCAAGAACAACGUGACUGAAAUUCAGGGCAUUCCUGGACUGGCCAGUGGAAUUAUCCGAGAGAACAUGUGGGGUGAUUACAUGGAGAAAGGACAAAUUCUGGAGAAGCCCAGUCUGCCCUCGGAGGACGUCCAUGGCUCCAUGGAGUCUUUCGGCUUUUACGUAUCUGCAGACAUUGCAACUACCUUCACUCUACUUGUGGGAAUCUUCUUUCCCUCAGCCACAGGCAUUAUGGCUGGAUCCAACAGAUCAGGAGAUCUGAGGGAUGCUCAGAAGUCCAUUCCUGUAGGGACGAUACUGGCUAUUACUACCACCUCUCUAGUCUAUUUCAGUUCAGUGGUUCUGUUCGGGGCCUGUAUCGAAGGAGUGGUUCUCAGAGACAAAUUUGGGGAUGCAGUUAAUAAAAACCUGGUAGUUGGUACGCUCUCCUGGCCCUCGCCUUGGGUCAUCGUGAUUGGUUCAUUCUUCUCCACAGUGGGGGCAGGUCUACAGUCCCUGACUGGAGCACCACGCCUCCUGCAAGCCAUCGCUAAAGACAACAUCAUUCCUUUUCUCAGAAUGUUUGGGCACAGCAAAGCAAAUGGGGAACCUACAUGGGCACUGCUGCUUACGGCUAUUAUUGCAGAGCUGGGAAUCCUGAUCGCCUCACUGGAUUUGGUGGCUCCUAUUCUCUCCAUGUUCUUCCUGAUGUGUUACCUGUUUGUUAAUUUGGCCUGUGCUGUACAAACUCUCCUGAGAACGCCCAACUGGAGGCCGCGGUUUAAAUACUAUCACUGGACCCUGUCUUUCCUAGGUAUGAGUAUGUGUCUGGCCCUCAUGUUCAUCUCCUCCUGGUACUAUGCCAUAGUAGCGAUGGCCAUUGCUGGCAUGAUCUACAAAUACAUAGAAUAUCAAGGGGCAGAGAAGGAGUGGGGGGAUGGAAUCCGCGGUCUGUCAUUGAGUGCUGCUCGAUACGCUCUCCUUCGUUUGGAAGCUGGACCACCCCACACCAAAAACUGGAGACCACAGUUGCUGGUACUGCUAAAGCUGGAUGAAGAUCUUCACGUGAAAUAUCCCAGAAUGCUAACAUUUGCCUCACAGCUAAAGGCAGGAAAGGGUCUCACAAUUGUGGGGUCAGUAAUCCAGGGCAACUUCCUGGACGGCUACGGAGAGGCACAGGCCUCAGAACAGGCAAUAAAGAACAUGAUGGAGAUUGAAAGAGUAAAGGGCUUCUGCCAGGUGGUGGUGGCUUCGAAGGUGCGCGAAGGAGUUGCCCAUCUUAUUCAGUCUUGUGGUUUAGGUGGGAUGAAGCACAACACGGUGGUUAUGGGUUGGCCUUAUGGCUGGAGACAAAGCGAGGACCCUCGUGCCUGGAAAACUUUUAUUAAUACAGUUCGGUGUACCACAGCUGCCCACCUGGCACUAAUGGUGCCUAAGAAUGUCUCAUUCUACCCCAGUAACCAUGAGCGCUUCACUGAUGGCCACAUCGACGUGUGGUGGAUAGUCCACGAUGGAGGAAUGCUCAUGCUGCUACCAUUUCUCCUCAAACAGCACAAGGUCUGGCGCAAGUGUAAAAUGCGCAUUUUUACUGUGGCCCAGAUGGAUGAUAACAGCAUUCAGAUGAAGAAAGAUCUGGCAACCUUCCUAUACCAGCUCCGAUUAGAAGCAGAGGUGGAGGUGGUGGAAAUGCAUGAUAGCGACAUAUCUGCAUAUACAUACGAGAGAACACUAAUGAUGGAGCAGAGAUCUCAGAUGCUGAGACAGAUGAGACUCUCAUCUGCUGAAAGGAACAGAGAGGCUCAGCUAGUAAAGGACAGACACUCACUUAUUCGAAUGGGCAGUUUGUACUCUGAUGAAGAAGAGGAAAUUCUAGACAUCAUGCCUGAGAAGAUCCAGAUGACUUGGACCAAAGAUAAGCUGGAUGCAGAAAGACGGAACCGUAACAAUGCUCCAGAAAACUUCCGAGAACUUAUUAGUCUUAAACCGGAUCAGUCUAAUGUACGAAGAAUGCACACAGCAGUCAAGCUCAAUGAGGUUAUAGUAAACAAGUCCCAUGAUGCCAGACUGGUGUUGCUCAACAUGCCUGGACCUCCACGCAAUGCUGAAGGUGACGAGAACUAUAUGGAGUUCCUGGAGGUGUUGACUGAAGGUCUUGAAAGAGUGCUGCUUGUCAGAGGUGGAGGACGGGAAGUUAUAACCAUCUACUCAUAAAACAUACGUCUCACAUUCCUGCCCUAAACAUUUAUAUACACACAGUAGGGAAAGUAAUCAACCACUUGCUUUUAUAUUUUAUAUACAUUGAAACAUGCAUGUAUAGGAUAAACUAAAAUAUUUUUUAAGGAAACUGACUGUAUUUUAAAGUGAUUGGCAGUAUGUAGACAUCACAGAUAAAUAAUAUUAGACCACUGCUGUGAAGCUGUGUUGGUAAAUUGAGGUGUACUAACCUAAUGAGCUUUCUGAAAAGCAGUGCUACCGACCUGACCGGGCGGUUCAACAAGCUCAAUUGGGUGUGUGAGUAAUUAAAGGAAGGAUGGGGUUUUUUCUUGUGGCUGCUGUGACGUGCGACCUCUUGGACUUGUCUGGGUACUGGGAACGUCACAUGUAGCUUAGCAUGACGUGGUAAAGCUUUUCGAGGGAAUCCACUACUGGUAGGUGCUAAGGAGCAGCCAGCAGUGACUGUGUGCACAUCAGAGGGGGCUGGUUGUCUGCAGCUCUCACUGGCCAGUAUAAUUAGAUUUAGGAAAUGGAAUUGACUAGAUUGGAUAUAUAGAUAAAUGUCAGAAAGAGAUGUUCAGUCAUUUAACAUGGAUAUAUGUACUGAAAGUAUAAGAAAUAACAAUACAAGUGUAUUUGUUUGCCCUCGCUGUAUAUCUACAGUUUUAAUGCAGGAUUUCAGCACAGACUUGCAUUCUUUUUAUAUUUAUAUCUCUUUAUAUUACAAUGUAGAUUAGGGAUCUAGUUUAAAUUACAACACAGACACACAACUUUCCUAGUGCCAUCCAUCCGUACACAGUACAGCAUUUAAACUCCCACUGUGUCUCCUCCUAAUUAACUGAUAUCAGCUCAAACCUCAUUCAACACAAACCAUGUCAUUUUCCAUCACUAAUCAUGAAAAACAUCUUAAAGAGGUAUAAAACCACAGUAAACAGGAAAUUCUAUAAACGUCUAUACAGAGAAAUAGUACUGCAUCUAUUUCCUUCAACUCUUCAGAGAACUGCAGAUAGUGUUAAGCUGCUGUGUCUGUGCUGUCCCAUGGUGGAUGAGAUGCACAACACUACAAAAUUAUUACAACACAAAAACAUAUCCAACAACACACGAAAAACUCCACAACGUACCACCACACACACAAAGCAACAAUUAAAAUGCUUUUUACAAGAAAAAUGCUCCAUGACUGUGGCCAGAAACAGUGCUGUCAGAGACAAUUAAACUACAUACUUAGUAUCCAAAAAUAUACUACAAAAUGUACACCAAACUAAUUUUAUUUUACUGCUCAUAGUUGCAUUUUAUUUAUUUUCAUAUUUAUUUGCUUGUAUUUUUCUUUAGCUGGAAAGCAUCAAGGUGUAGAUAAUAGUUAAAUUAGGAACAAUAUGUUCAGUUGAGUGAAGAGUUAAUUUUAAUAACUUUUUGUACUUGACUUUGAUAUUUGAAUAAGAAUUUAGUUGAAUUUUGUAAAUUAAAUGCCUUUUUAUACAAAUAUGCAUCCAGACAGCUCACACUCGUAGCUCAUUUGCUUUUGGAGAAGCUAUUUUUUAUUUCUGGGAACUUGGUGACUUUACUGACGAAUACUUCUGUAUUAAUGAAAAGCACAAAUAAAGAAUAUAU